AUGCACUCUGGAACUGCAAAAGUUGUUGAAUACUGGGAAGCUAUCCUGAAAUGUCUUCAUAUUUACAAAGCAAAGCUAAUGCAUGGCAAUGAAGAUGAAGAUGCAAUUGAUCCUGAAGAGGACAAAGAUGAGCUGGACCGAAAACGUGAAGCUGUAGUUUUGGAGCAUCAAAGGAAAGUUCAGGAAGCCAUGAAAGCAAAGGCAAGAGUACCUGAUGAGAUGGAGAUGAAGGCCAUAAAAACGAUGUGA